UGACUUUUACAUUUUAGCUAGACAUUCGGCGAACAGUGGUAAUAAGUAACAGCGCCUGUCGACUCUAAGAACAACCCCCUAAUAACUUAAAAGUUAUUCUUCAGGUAAGGAAGUUGAGGGCAGCGAGUGGAACCUCACAAUGACUCCAAAGUUGUCGCUGAUAAUCAUGUUUCUGAUGUCCCGGAUUGGUAUCCUCAACGCCAGUAGCCAAUGUCAUACAGGGGAACACUCUAUUGGUGGGAUGUUCCUCAGAGGUCAUACAUUUAAGACGUAUCGGGUUGGUUUGCCUGAAAUGUGUUAUUUCCGGUGUGAGGAAGAAGUCACGUGUCAGAGCUACAAUUUCGUGAUUGCUCAAAAGAUCUGUGAACUGAACAAUCGUACAAAGGAAGCAACACCGGAAGAUUUUAUGCCAGAUCAGAGGAGAUUUUAUAUGAAACGCUCCCAAAAUAGAGUUCCCCUCGGAUCCAUCAAAGAACUUCCAGCGGAUACCUGCGGUGAGAUCAAAGCGAGUGAAGGCGAAGAGAUGAUUGACGGAAUACACUGGAUUUACUCUGAAGAGAAUGGCGAGGUCAUCAAGGCUUAUUGUAAAGAGGGCUGGCAAAAAAUAAAUGGUGAAGUGCCUGUCUGCUUUGGAGCCAAAGAUAACGAGUAUGGCGCCUUCAACAUGACAAAAAGUGGACGAGUGAAGACAAUGAAGCUUAUUCACAGGUCGGGAUGGGUGAAAUGCAACCCUAAGUAUAAAGCAUCCUUUUGGAGUUGCACUAAUCCACAAUACAAAGAACACUUGAUGACAAUCAUCACGGAUGCUGAUAAGAAACCUGUCUUGCCGCCUACUGAAAACCUGACGAAUUUGGGAAUGGCAGGAGAAAAAGCCCACUUUUACAGUCUUCCUGGAUAUCAUCAUAAUUCAACUGAGCUCGUUUUUCGUACCCUCGUCAAUCCACUGUCUGUUUCGAACAACCAAGAGAUGCAGAUUUGGUACGGACAGGAUAUGGUGGAUAGUCGAGAGGUGGACAACAGUGGGAAAACUUGUGUUGAUGUAUAUGCAUUUUAUGUGUGAGUUUGCCCAUUGAAGACCUUGCCUUCGUUGAUUUCAAAACUGACUUAA